UUCCUAACAAAAUUCUGCAGAUGCCUCCAAAUAGGGGAUGUAAAACAACAAAAGAAAUUCAUAAAAAUAUUAAAUAUAUACGUCAAUAUACCUCUAAUUUUAUUUUAUUAUUAAUUAUUUCUUUAAUUUUCAAAUUUAAAAAUGCAGAAGCAAUGCUUGAUGUUUCUUGGUGGUCAUCGGUUGCCCAGUUAAGUAGCCAACUUAAUUUACAACAACAAUUAGAGGAAUUAAAAGAACAUCAAAAUCCAAAUAAUUUUUAUUAUCAAGAAAAUAAUCAAAACAAUUAUCCUAAACAACAAUACCCUCCUUCACCUUCCACAGAAUGUACAGAAUUAAAAGGGCUUUCACCUGGACAGAAAAGAAUUUGCGAACUCUUCAAAGAUCACAUGCCGGCGGUUGGAAAUGGUGCAAAACAGGCUAUUUCUGAAUGUGAAUGGCAAUUCCGACAUCACCGCUGGAAUUGUUCAACACCUAGAGAGCUGAAAGGGCAUAUUGGACCUGUGCAUAAAAGAGGUACUAGAGAGGCAGCAUUUACCUAUGCAAUUAUGUCUGCAGGCGUUACCCAUGAAAUUGGUCGUCGUUGCCGUCUCGGGCUGCUUAAAAGUUGUGGGUGUGCUGCUGCAGAAUCUAGGCCGCAACAACAAAAUAUUAAUGAUGACUGGACUUGGGGAGGUUGUGGGGAUAAUAUCGACUAUGGAUAUAGAUUUUCGCGGUAA